CCUGUUGUGAAAAAGCUGCUCGGUUCUUCGCUCCUUUAUAUUUACACCACAGUCUGUGGACGCGGAGUUUUCAGUUUUUCGAAAUACGACACUCAGGGAUUUGAGCUGAAGAGUGAAGAGGAGACUCGUCCUGAACCUGAGAUGCUGACCACUGCAGACCGGGAACACCCCACAAGAGCUGCAGUUUUGGAGAUGCUCUGAUCCAGUCGUCUAGCCAUCACAAUUUGGCCCAAAUCCUUACUCUUGACCAUUUUUCCUGCUUCUAACACAUCAACUUUGAGGACAAAAUGUUCACAUGCUGCCUAAUAUAUCCCACCCACUAACAGGUCAACGCUACGGACUGGAGGACAUUAAGAACGUGUCUCAAACACUGGAUAGACUCAAUCUUGUCGACUUGAAUGGACAGAGUGACCGUGUGUGCACAGAUUCUGUGAGGCUAAAUCAACCUUUUGGAAACCCCGUUAUGCCUGUAAAAAAGAAAAGAAAGUCCUCUGGCUCUGAAGACCCCAGCAUCCGGAAGUGCAAAAUUACCAGUUACUGUAGGACACAGACUCCUGGGAGAUUGAUAAACCCUGAUGAUCAUUUCUCCAGCAAGAAGUGCCUUGCGUGGUUUUACGAGUAUGCAGGGCCGGAUGACGUGGUGGGACCCGAGGGCAUGGAGAAGUUCUGUGAGGAUAUAGGUGUCGAACCAGAGAAUAUUAUCAUGUUAGUCUUAGCCUGGAAACUAGAAGCACCAAAUAUGGGAUUUUUCACAAAAGAAGAAUGGCUGAAGGGAAUGACGUCACUGCAGUGCGACUGCACGGAACGGUUACAAGGCAAACUCGACUACCUGCGCUCUCAGCUGAACGACGCGGUCGUGUUCAGGAACAUUUACAGAUACGCCUUUGACUUUGCCAGGGAUAAAGACCAGCGUAGUCUAGACAUGGACACUGCCAAGUCAAUGUUGGCGCUGCUUCUCGGAAGGACGUGGCCCCUGUUUCCUGUAUUUCAUCAGUUUUUGGAGCAAUCUAAGUAUAAGGUCAUGAACAAGGACCAGUGGUACAACGUCUUAGAGUUCAGCCGCACCGUUAACUCGGACCUCAGUAACUACGACGAGGAUGGAGCUUGGCCGGUGAUGCUGGACGAGUUUGUGGAAUGGUAUAAAGCCAGACUGACUUUAUAGCACAACAUGGUCACAUGUGUAUAAUGUAAGGGCAAAAAAAAAAAAAAAAAUUUAAGGGCAAAAGCACAUCAAUGGACGCCAUCCCUCCACCCUAAACAGUCCAGAGAAUCAGUCGCACACCUUCCCAGGAGAGUCGUUAUGCUGCUUGUGGAAUCAUCACAACCCAGAGACUUACAGUGUUAAUUUAACUCAAAGAUGGAAAAAAAAAUUCUGAAACGAAGGGAACUGCUUUUGUGUGUUGCAUUUUUUUUUUUCACAGCAGUUUCAUUCUCAGUGUUCGGUUUGGUGGAGGGAAGUCAUCUGUUUAUGUAAUAUUUUUGUUUAUAGUGUUUUCAAAGGAAAAUAAAGGAACUGUAUGGAA